AUGUUUGGGAAAGCCAACAAUCGUUUCCAACAUAAAAAUAAAUCGAAGGAUAAAAGACCCAAGCAAAAGGACUUUCAAGGAAAAAGGGGCAAAGAAAAGAGAAAAGAUUUGCUAUUGUCAACGAAUAAUUUAGAACAAAUUGAUACUGAGAUCGCUUCACUUAAAAAGCGAUACGAAGAGAUUUUACCUGCCAACAUUAAGAAGUUUUCAGAUUUUCCUUUGUCCCAAAGAACAUUAGGAGGACUUACCAAUUCCAAGUAUACUGUACCAACAGACAUCCAGAGGGAAUCAAUUGGACUUGCAUUAAAAGGUCAUGAUGUUUUGGCUUCUGCAAAAACAGGAUCAGGGAAAACCUUGGCAUUUAUUAUUCCGAUUCUUGAGUGCCUUUACUGUCAGAAGUGGUCUUCAAUUGAUGGCCUUGGAGCUCUUGUCAUCUCCCCAACAAGAGAACUUGCUUAUCAGACUUUUGCAGUUCUUCGACGUGUAGGAAAGCAGCAUGACUUCUCUGCAGGAUUGGUGGUUGGAGGAAUGGAUCUCAAAGUGGAAUCGAAAAAAAUAAACUAUACAAAUAUAAUUAUUUGUACGCCAGGGCGCUUUUUACAGCACAUGGAUGAGACACGGAACUUUACAGCCACAAAUUUACAAAUUUUAGUUUUGGAUGAAGCUGACCGCAUCCUUGAUUUAGGAUUUUCUGAAACCAUGAAUGCCAUCAUUGAAAAUCUUCCCCCUUCAAGGCAGACUCUUCUUUUUUCAGCCACACAGACAAGAUCAGUUAAGGAUCUUGCUCGUCUUAGUUUAAAUAAUGAUAACCUUUUUUAUGUGUCUGUUGAUGAAUUUGCUGAACAUAGUACGCCAUCACAACUCGUUCAGAACUAUAUUAUUUGUGAAUUAGAAGACAAAAUGACUGUCCUGUGGUCCUUCUUGAAAAAUCACCUGAAAAAAAAGAUUGUUGUAUUUCUAACAACCUGUAGUCAGGUGCGUUAUAUAUUCAAGGCUCUGUGUCACAUGAGACCUGGUAUUUCUCUUCAUGCACUUUAUGGUAAAAUGAAACAGCAUAAAAGAAUGGAAGUCUUUCAACAAUUCUGUUUUAAGCAGAGUGCUGUGCUUUUUGCCACAGACAUUGCUGCCCGAGGACUGGAUAUUCCUGAAGUUAACUGGGUGAUACAGCUUGAUUGUCCAGAAGAUGCAAACACUUACAUCCAUAGAGUAGGACGUACGGCCAGAUACAAGAAAAAUGGAGAAUCAUUGCUUUUCUUAUUGCCAUCUGAAGAGGCUGGAAUGCUGACAGAAUUACAAAAAAAGAAAAUACCGAUUAAACAAAUACAAGUUAACCCGAAGAUGUUGUGGGAUAUUCGACCUCGUCUCAAAUCCCAAUGUGCAGCCGAUAUAACAAUGAAGGAAAAUGCUAAAAAGGCUUUUGUUACAUAUGUACGAGCUGUAUUUCUGAUGAGUAAUAAAAAUAUAUUUGAUGUCCAGAAGUUAAACCUUGAGGAAUUUGCUGGAUCUCUUGGUCUUGAAAUCACUCCCCGUGUGCGUUUCCUGGAACGAGAACAAGAAAGACUGGCAAACAAAGAGACUUUAAUGGCAAAAGAAACAAAAGCUGAAGAUUCAAGUGAAUCAGAUAAUGCUUCUAUUGAUGAAGAAGUGUUGGAAAAAUUGCUAAAGCUAAAAAAAAGACAAAGUAAGGCUAAGGAUGCUGAUAGCUCUGAAGAGUCGGAUGGUGAGAGUGAUGAUGAAAUUUUGAAAAAGUUGCAGAAGCUACGAGCAAGAGCAAAAGCGAGGGAAAAGAAAAAUGAACAGUGGUCAGGAUCUGAAGAAAAUGAGGAGAUUACAGAGGGAAAAAGUGAAAGGACAUAUGAGAAAGUUGGUGAUGAAUCUUUAGAUGAGGAUUCAGAUGAAGAAGACACAGAAGAAGAGAAUAGAGAAGAAAAAAAAUCGCCUAAAAUAACAUUAAUGGAAGAUGAUGAUGAUGGGGGUGAUCUGUUAACAUUGAAGAAAAUAAUACUACCUGAGCCUGCAGAGGAACUGGAAUCUAAGCCAAAAGAAGCAGUAAAACAAUCAAAAAAAGUACUGACAAAAAUUGCUUUAGCAAAGAGAGCAUUGAAGAAACAAGUCAAAAUGAACAUCAAAGUGAAAUUUGACGAACAAGGGGAGGAAAUUCAAGAUGCCUACCGAGCUCGUCAGACUAUUAAAGACACAACAGAUGAUUCUGCUGCUGCAGGAAUUGAUAUAGAGGAAGCUAAGAAAUUUAUGGAAAGUGAAGAUAAAUUUGACAAAAAGUUGUAUCAAGAAAAAAUCAAAAUGAAACAUCAGGAGAAACGUUUAAAGAUGAAAGAAAAGAAACGAUUGGAAAGACAAGGAGAAGAGAAUGCUCCAGUGGCUGUUCUUGGUUCUGGUAAAGAUGAAGAUGAGGUUUCUGAAGAACAACAAAAUAGCAGCAGUAGUGAUGAUGAUGAAAAAGACCAAAGUUUUGACAGUGCUGAUUAUGAUGAUGAUGGUGACAGGGAAGAUGACAUGAAUGAUGAGGAAGAUGAUGAUGAUUAUAGCAGUGAUGAUUCUGAACCAGUGCCAAAACGUAAACGGUUAAAUAGAGCUUCCCAAGAAGAUUCUUUGAGUGAUAGCAAUGAAGUGGAAGAAAGUACAGAAAUGUCACUUCAAGACAAGGAAGAACUUGUACUGAAAAUGCUUCAGUCUUCCAGGAAAUGA